AUGGCUUGUAUAGAUGACCAACAGCCAAAUUUCAAGCACUAUUGUAGAGUAUGCAAGAAGGGUUUUAUAUGUGGGAGGGCCCUGGGAGGGCACAUGAGGGCCCACGGGAUCGGAGACGAGAGUGGAAAUCUUGACGACGACCCCAUAAGUGAUUGGGAGGAGAAGUUCGGAGGCGGGGUCGAUAGGACUAGCAACAAGAGGAUGUACCAACUUAGGACGAACCCUAAUCGACUAAAGAGUUGUCGAACGUGCGAAAAUUGUGGCAAAGAGUUCUUGUCAUGGAAAUCCUUUCUCGAGCACGGUAAGUGCAACUCGGACGAUGCAUCCGAGUCUCCCAUUUCCUCCGCAGAGUCCGAUGCUGCUGAUGAGGACGACGAUGGCACACAUGUCGGCAAUCAGUGGUCCAAGCGAAAGAGAACCUUACGCUCAAAAGUGGGGUGUUUCAAUGCCACAAGCUACCAGACAAGCGAGGAGGACGACAUCAUGCUUGCAAGAUGCUUGGUACAACUAGCCAACACGGUGGUUGUCAACUCACCAACUGUCGAUCAAGAGGAGUCGUGUGCCUCAGUCAUCCGUGAGACAGCAGAGGAGAGGCAGAAUGGUUAUUACACGUAUUUUACUCCACCAAAGAGCACUAAGGGAGCCUUCAAUCAACACAAGGGGAAGGCGGUUAUUUCGACAAACUCUAGGGGGAUGUUCGAGUGCAAGGCUUGCAAGAAAGUGUUCAACUCCCACCAAGCAUUGGGAGGCCAUAGAGCGAGCCACAAAAAGGUAAAAGGUUGCUACGCGGCUAGGCAGAACCAAAUAGUACUCCAACAAGACGAAAAUAAUGGGGUCGUGGUCAUGGAAGAUGACACAAUCACGAACAAUGAGGAGUUCUUGAUUGCACCAUCAAAAUUGUCGACUGAUCCUUCUGGUUUGCAGUUCGAACAAGGACCACCAUUGGUGGGGGCCGCUAGGAGAAAAUCGAAAGUCCAUGAGUGCUCUAUUUGCCAUAGGGUGUUUAGCUCCGGUCAAGCCCUAGGUGGACACAAGAGAUGCCAUUGGAUCACUUCGAAUUCUCCUGAAACAUCAUCUUUCCCUAAGUUCCACUUCCAAGACAACACCAAGAACUACUACACUAAUGAGCAAAUCAACCACCACAACCAUCAACAUGAACCUACAAUCGAUAAAUCUGAUAAGUUGGAUCUCAACGUCCCUGCAUGGGGCCAUGCGUCAGUGGCCAUGCACGACACGCCCGACCCCUUGAACUUCAAUGCGUCCACGAACAUGCAACUACAAUCGUGGAUAGGGCCUGACUUCAAGAACAUCGACACGGACCCACAUUGCCCCUCUCAGGGGUUCCAACUAAAGAACGAAGAUUACAAAAUCAACGAUGACAUCAUCGAGAGUAACAAUGUCAAUGGAACUGUCGAGACCAAAAGUGGGACCACGCGAUGCAUCGAGGAUGAAGCGGAUAGUAGGUUGAUCAAGUUAACCAAGUUGAGUGACUUGAAUGACUUGAAGGAGAUGGACAAUGGUGGAAGUUCAUCUCAGUGGUUACAAGUUGGAAUAGGUUCUACAAAUGGUGCAACUACAGAUGUAUAA